AUGAUUAUCAAUCAACGUUGUGCCAGUAUUCGUGAACAAGCGAAAAGUCUUACGAGUACAACAUUAAAACCAUUAUUCAAUGAUGUAGUUCAAGAAUUAAAAGUAGAAUCAAAUGAUGAUUUAUUACAGGAAAUAGUUCAGUGCUUCGAUGAGGUUCCUGGCUCAACGCUAACAGAUAUUUCAAUAAUAAAUCAUGAAUUAUUCAUAAUUAUCCAAGAUAAGUUGAUUAGUAUCAUUAAGAAAUGGCAUAGUGAACAUGAAACAUUAAAUAAAGAAGAAGAAACAAUUUAUCUUAAAACAAGUCAAUUAUUGUCAAAAAUGGUAGCCAGUACAAAUGCAAUAAAUAUUCCAGUGUUCAAAACCUGGUUAUUAAAACUUCCCUACUUGGAAAUAAUUAAAAUAUGUAUUCAAAGUAUAGGAACCAACGGAAAACAUUUAAAUGAUCCAAAUUUACAGUCGUUUGGUAUACUAUUGAAAGCACUGUCCGAUUUUCAACGGCCAAGACCAGAAAUCAUGGAUGAUACAAAUUUGUUGCUGUUGUUGGAUCCAGUGAGGACGUGUAUUUGUUCAAAAUACUAUCUUGACUCAUUUUUAAAUCUUCAAUUAGACAGUUCAACACUAAGUGUUAAAGAUGAUUUUCUUUUAGUUCAAUGUCCAUUUUAUUUUGCUGGUUAUAAAGGUAAACGACGAGAAGAAACAUCGAAUGCACUGCUUGAUGUAAUGCUAAGUAACUAUGAGCAAAUAUUUAGUAAAUUUAUACCCAUGAUACACAGCUGGAACCAUUCAAUCAUUUUACCAAUUCAUCACAUAACUAAUGUUCUAACCGGCACGUGUAAUGUGAAAUCAUGUAAAAUGCGGUUAAUUAAACGAUUAAACAUCGUUAAUGAUAUCUUGAUUAUUCUAAGUGCAGAUAAUAUAUGUAACGAAGUUAAAAAUACAUUAUCAAACGCACAGUCAAUGCUAAUUAAUUCAGCUAUUGCUUGUCUGUUUAAUUUAACGCUUGAAGAAGAUAUAUUAGCCUAUAUUAAAGAAAAAAAUGUGACACAAGCAUUUUUGAAAUUAACAAACUCACAAUAUGAUAGAAUUGAAGUGCAUGCCUACAUGAUUUUAGCUUGUAUCAUGAAUGAGGAUGAUAUUAAAAAAUUGGCUGAUCCAACUAAAAUCACAGCGGUUUUUAUCAAUUUUUUAAAAGAAGCCGUUGAUCAUCCAUCUCAACGUUGUAGAGGAGUGUCUGUUGCCGGUUUACUCACUGGUUUAAAAGGUAACAUGCAAUAA